AUGUCAAGUCCUGCCCUACCACAGGCCAUGAAGGCAUGGCAAUACCAUGGCUCUUCUGGUGGUAUUGAGAAGGAUUUGCAAUUGAAUACAGCCGCAGCGCUACCCAAGCCCAAGGCGAAACAGCAUCUGGUGAAGGUCCUCCAUGCCGCAAUCAAUCCCGUGGACUACAAACUUGCCGAGAUUGGCUUCGUGGCAAAGGUUGCCGCAUCACUACCUGCGACUCCUGCCGUCGAUUUCGUCGGAACCGUCGUCAAGCCAGCUGCCGGCUCAUCGGUCAAAGCUGGUGAGAUAGUAUACGGCUUUGCGGGAACAUCACCCUUUUCGGGAGGCGCGCUCGCCGAAUAUGCCUUCGCCGACGAGAGUGCUGUGGUACCGAUUCCCGGAGGCGUGGAACCCGUCAAGUUCGCCGGUAUUCCGAUCGCUGGAAUUACAGCAUAUCAAUCAAUCGUACCUUUUGCUAAGGCCGGCAAGAACAACCUUUUCAUCAAUGGCGGCUCCGGUGGCACUGGCAUAUACGCAAUCCAAAUCGCAAAGGCGACAGGGUGGAAUGUUACGACCUCUUGCUCGACAGCCAAUGUCGACCUCUGCCGCGAACUCGGCGCCGACCGCGUGAUCGACUACAAGAAGGAAGAUGUCCUUACCGCGCUCAAAGCCAGCGAGCACAAGUUCGACCAUGUGGUCGACAAUGUAUCUCACGACAACGCACUUUAUCUGAAGUCCCAUGAAUAUACAACUCCCGAAGCUACCUUUGCGGCCGUGGGCGGCGAAAUCUCCGCCAAAGCAGUGGGUGGCGUGCUGCGCAACAAUCUUCUCCCGGGCAUUCUCGGAGGUGGAAAGAGAAAGUUCAAAAUGAUUGUUCUGACGCGCAACCAAGAAGAUCUCACGCAAGUCGCCAAACUCAUCCAGGAGGGCAAAGUGAAGUCAAUUUACACGCAGUAUGCCUUUGAAGACGCACCCAAAGCAUUCGAGAAGCUGAAGACUGGACGGGCGCGAGGAAAGAUCGUGAUCGAUGUCGCGUCACAGGAUGCACCAAAGGCGGAAAAUGUGUGA